AUGAAUCUCGUAAAUAACAUGUUUCAAGUAGUUAAGGAUAUCAUCUCGUCAGUCUCAAUCGAGCCAAACUCAGAUACUUCCUCUUCGGAUACCUCACAAUCAUCAUCCUCGAGUUUGCUCGACACCACUGAUGAUUUAAAUAAAACAGAACAGCCAAAAGUUGAUAAAGUUAAUGCAGAUUUGGACAUUGAUAGUUUAAGUUUAAAUUUGGAUUCCGCAAUGAGGUUGAACAAUGGAGACUUUAACCACGUUGCUGAAAACAUCCCUGAAAACAACGAACCAAACGCUCAGCAAUCACCGAGAAGGUCGCUCUUUUCACGCAGAUCCACACAAUCUCCAGUCAAACGCAACGAAUCUAUAGAGAAAACAAAUGAAAGUCCUCGGAAAUCAAUUUUUUCACGUGAUUCAGCUGAUACACUCAGGAAAACAAAAUCAUGCCGAAACGAAGAAUCACCCAGAAAGUCCAUGUUUUCACGUGACUCGCCAAGAAAAGCUAAAUCAUCUCGUGAAUCUACAGGAACACCAAGAAGGUUAAGUGGUAGAUUUUCCAAGGAUAAACCAGUGCCAGCCCCGGAGACGCUUGUGUUGAUGCCGGAGGAAGUCGUGGACGAGUAUUUGAACAAGUUUCUGGAGAGCAUAGUUAGACGUUUCUACGAACACAAACCAUUUGAGGAGUACAGUAAGGUUCGAGAUUACAACUUCGGAAAUUCUAAGCUGGAACUCUUGAGCAAGUACAGAGGAAAUUCAAAUUUGAAGGAGUUUAUAGUAAAUGGAGAAAUUGACGUACCGAUGGAAAACCUGCUUGCACUGGUUAUGGAAAUUGGUAAUAGAACUAUUUGGGACGACACUUACUUGGAACAUGAAAUGAUCAGCUUUGAUGAGGCGACUAAAACCGACUUUAUUUACUCAGUGUCAAAGUAUCCCUUCCCGCUAACGAAACGUACAUAUGUAGUUACUAGAACAUGCUAUAAUUAUGGAGAGGACUGCCUCGUGAUUCUGAGUGCAGCCACAACCAAGUUUCCGCACCCGAAGAAGCUAAAGUGGGCCACACAAGUCGACGAGUUUGAGAGUCUUUUGGUGGUUAAAAACUUCGAACCAGAACUUGUAGACGGUGUAAAGAAAAUCACACGCUCAUACAUGCUUGCAACAUACUUCGAAAACCCCAAAGUUUUACUCCCAAACUCUUACCUCAACCUGAUCAUCGGACAACUGGUGCCUGGAAUUCUCUCUAAGAUGGUUAUCGCAUCUAAAAAGUUGAACUACCAAGACUCCGUUGAUUAUGUAAAAACCAUGAAAUUAGUGCCAAUUCCUAAAUAA